AUGCCCCCACCGCGCCCGAUAUCAGCGAUCGCCAUUUCCGGUACAGCAAUAGUUGUGCACUGGGAGGAGGAGUUCGACGUUGCCAAGGCGCUCUACCUUGUCCGAGCCACCGCAGACGACCAGGUGGAGGCCAUUUGUUCCUGCACAACGCCCUGUUCAAGCUGUACGCUAGUGGGCCUUCGAGUGGGUACAGUCUACAGUGUCAGUAUGGAAGCCUGCAACGACGAGAUGUGCACUCCCUCGGACUAUGUCCUGUAUGCAACUACAGUACCCGGUGGUAGGUUCGUUUUGCCCUAAGGCUUGCCAAGUUCGGGUGCAGGGACCUAGAAACUGGGUCAAUUUAUUGUGGCUCCAAGGCCUUUAGGCAUUAGCAUGCGUCUGCCAAUCACUAUGCGUCCUUGGGUCGUCAAAGCAGGUCAUCGAUUGGCGCAGUAGCCUGACCUUGAGACGUCCGCCAAUAAGCCCUCCACCUCUGGCUCACGCGUUGCCUAUGGGGCGGGUGGGGAUGCAUGUGCGUAUUCAACCUCCUGGACAGGCAAUCACUGGCGCUACCCUCCCCCCUGUCGGCGGACGCGCGUCGAGCGCUCUUGGAACUGCGCGGCUCUCGGGGAAUUUUUUUCAUACUCAUAUCAUAGAAAAUGACGUUUUCUUCUAAUUUUACAGUUGAUGGAAGGAAAAACGGAGACUCGUAAUGAUAAAAAAUUCUUAAGGCGCUUACGUAUAAUAUGCAAUCAUCAGAUUAAUCAGUAUCGCUGUCAGAACGUAUAUGAUGUCUGUAUAUAGUAUUAAAUGUUUUACGCAUCAAGAGGUAGACGUGGGAUCACAGAUAUAUGCCUUGAGUUUAUCGCACAGCAUACCGAAAAAGAAUCAGCAAACGCCUUCAAAUGCGAGGACGCUAAGCGUCUAAAAUGCUUGCGAUAAGUCGUAUUUUUGGACAUUCUUUUCGGCAAAAAAAAGAAUCGGAUUGUCCUAACGUACGAAACAUCCGAAAGGGAAAGAAUCAUUUAAUUAGUGUUUUUUAUAUGCAGAGCAAUAUUUUAGAAAUUGGUUUAAUUUUCCAACUUGAUUUUUCUCCCUAAUCCAUCUUAGUCAUUGUUUUUUCAUUUGAAAGCUUGUUAAAACAUUCCCUGAAACGUCUGUGGGCAGCGCUUAAAAAUUACAGUAGAUGGGCUUACUCAUGAAACGUCAACCGAAAUUCCGGAAUUCGUGUUCGUUUCGAAAAGAGUUAAUUAAGCAGGGUUGUAUAACUAGGCAGCCUGCAGCAUAAUUCUAUAAUAUUUCAGUUACCCCAGGAUGCCAGCUUUCGAACGAAAUUCUUUUCACUCCGUAAAAAAUGUCUACUUAAAUAACCUAAAUUUUCUCAUUGAUCUUCGAUGCCCCUAAGUGUCAAAUUAUGUUUCAUGGAAAACAUGCAUGAAAAUAUUCAUUCUUUUGCUCAUAUGGUAGAAAAUUACGUUUCCUUCUAAUGUUAUGCUCGCAAGAGGGACAGAAUUCAGUUUUAAAAAAGUUUCUAAUUGUGAGACUUUUAAAUACCGUGAAAUGGCCGUUUAUAAAUCGUCAUGUCCCUCCAUUUACGAAUAUGGCUCGUAAAGUUAACAAUAUGGAUCAAAUCAACCGUCAAAUUUCAUAAAGCUUAUAUAGUCCGUAUUAAGGACCGUAGAGAGAUGUAUGGUUUCCGUACGCGGGAAAUGUACGGCUUGUAGUUUGGAAACCCUGAAUCCAAGUGUAACGGUAGGGCAGGUUCAAAAUUAUUCAGGAAUUGGAAAAGUUUUUAAAAGCCAAAUUAUGCACAUCCUUCGGACAUUAGAUUGGAAGAAGACGUAAUUAUCUACCGAAUGAGCAAAUGAAUUAAUAUUUUAAUUCUUGUUUUUCAUGAAAUAUAAUUGGACUUUUAGAGGCAUCGAAAAUAAAUGAGUAAAAUUCGUGCUACUUAAGAAGUCUUUCUUUACAGAGUGUAGUUUGUGCGUGCAGUCCGAAGUAAGUUAAUUCGAAAGCCGGCAUUCUGAGGUAAUUGAAAAAAUAUAGAAUUAUUGUGCAGGAUGAUUAUUUUUACAGCUCUACUUGAUUGCUCUUUUCGCAACAAAAGCGUAUUUCGGAAUUUCGGUUGCCAUUUCAUGACUUAGCCCGCCUACUGUAAGUGCAUCAGUUUGCAAGAGCCAGGCUGCGCCUAUGAGCAGAACCAAAUUAUUGGAAAAUGCUCACGCUAUUGCCAGUUAAUCGUCCUUUUUGAACUUCUCUCCCUGUUUUUCAAGGCAUUCAGGAAGGACAGCACCACAUUGUGCCUCUAAACCGCCAGGAUCACGUGAUGCACAACAGUUCCUCUUUUUAAUUAUUUAAAAGUUUCAUCUCACUGCCGCGGCAGCAGCAGAAGCAGCAGCCUUACAAGAUGCGUAAAUGCAGAGCUUUAAGAAAAUUCACCCACUUUCCUUCUCCCCCCGACCUUCUACUGUGGCUUGCUCACUUUCUAGUUCCUGGUCCGCCCACGAAUGUCUCAGUAGUUCUUCACAGCCCGACUCAAGCGAAAAUUCAGUGGGAUCCCCCAGAAGUAACAAACGGUCAGAUCGCCAACUACACUGCCGUCGUCCUCCAACCGUACCUGUACAAGUGUACCUUUCGUGGAAGUGACAAUGGCUCCUGCAUGCUCUACGACCUCUUUGAAGGCAUGACCUACUAUGUGGGCGUCCGCGCCUGCAAUGAUCCCAAUGAAAAUGGCCACGGAGGUGGCUGUGGACAGUUCUCGCCUCGGAUACCCUUCACCACAUGGACAGGCUGUAAGUUAUCCUUUCCCGGCCGCCAGCUGUGUCUCAGUGGUCACCUUCAGGACCAAGUUCCAUUCAGUUGCUCGGGCUGGAAGACAUUAGUAUAAGGAGGGGUUAUCGUAAAAGCGGACUUCUCUCGCUGCUUUUUCAGACAGAAGGCGCUACGAACAGCGUCCCACCGUCAUCUUGGGAUGAAAGUGAAGAACGGCAGUAAAGAAUGUCUGAUGAGAAGGUUCUGACCCGACCGCUGCUUUAGCAUGAAAUCCCCCCCUACCCGGCUCGGGCUUGACCUCACACCGGAAGCAUAUGUAUUGUUGCUACUAGCGCGCGUCUGAUUGGAUGUGGUUAAAGUCGUUGGUUGGUUACGUGAUGAGAGCAGACUGGACCCGAAACGAAUGGCAGUCCAGUCACCUCCGAAUUCCUCUUGUUGCUUUGAAGGCUGUUUAUAAAUAGGUAAGUGGGUCAAUAUGCGACUACCUCGGUCGCCAGACGACACUGGAAUUUUGCCCCGAAACUCCGAUCCUGCCAGGAAAAGCUAAUUAUAGCCUGCAAAGCUCUAAUAAGCGCACACAAAAUGCAUAAAAAGGAACUGACGCUGUAUUUUGGUUCGUUUUGCAGUCCACUCUGGAGAGAGUCGAUGGUCAUUUAAAAGCAUGUGAGGAAUAGAAAAACAUUUCUGGGACCCCACUGGGACAACGCACGGAUCAGAGAUGAAAUAAGACCAGCGGGUUUCUCGAAGUCGUCCGGGUGACUUUAUUGCAUCGAAAUUUCGAAUUACCAACGUUUACUGUACUUUCAGAUAAGAAGGCAGUUUGCAGCCGGUGUUACGGCAAACAACGUGAAGAUAAAAUCUUUCUUGAAAACUAGGCUUUCUAAAAGUCCUUUCCAGUUUUGGCCAGUUUGCGGCUAUAUAAAGCAACAGGAAGCAGCAGAAUCCAUCAUUUUGCGUCUCAAUCAUCCCUAUGUAAUUUGGACGACACGUUUAAAUUUCAAAUUCAUGAUUAUGAGUAGGAAAAAUUGACUGGUAGGCAACCAUUUCUUUAUGUUUCCAAUCUUCUGAACUCGUACGAGGGUCAAUUGUCAGAGUUGGCGAUAGCAGCAGAACAGUCAGCAACCAUAGGGACCAAUCAACGAUCAGUGACACAGGUCUGCGGGUGACUGUGCGCGGCUCCGUUCGCCCGCUCCAGAUCGAUGCUUCGAUUCAUUGAGUUCUCAUACGAGUUGUGGAAUUGUCAUUUGGCUAUAUGCUACCUCUGCCCUUGCCGCUAGUUCAUUUUAAUGGCAUCUCUUGGGCCGAACGCAAAAGUGCAUUCGGCGAUUCCAGUUAACUCCAGCCAUCUUCAGGAGGUAAAUCACACUCUACACCCGCGACCUUUUGACUGUCGAUUUCGACAAUGUUCGCUAUGUGCUCCACAACAGAGUAACAGCAGGAACGGUGGCUUGCGCGUGGGUUAGUUUGCAGUGGUAACAGACUUGCGAUGCAUAUGCCGAACUCUCCUCCACCUCCACCUGGAUCCCGUGUCAAGACAGAGCCAAGAAGACCAAAGGCGGUAGAAGGCGCCGAUGGCUGGCACGGAGUAAACCCUCACCUAGACAUACCAUCACACUUCCUGGUAGAAGAUAGAACCUGCAACCGGUCGCAGAGCAACCAAUUGCUUCUUCUUCGCCGGUACCCACCUACUUGACGCUGACUGGAAUUGUGGUGUUUCACACUCUCCCGCCCCUCCCCUCCCUAAAUCCGAGCUACAGCAUAAUUAUCUACUUGCCCAUAUCUUCUAGUCCAUUAUUCCAAUAACCAUAUGAAUGUUCAGGCCUAAAGAGAGUUCAUCGAAAACAGACGUACAGUUAGAGACCUGAUUCAUGAAUGAUUGCCAAUCACUCGCAAGCCGACAGUAUUUUAUGAGACAGGUCACGUACUGUAUGCUCACCAAAUUACCUUUUAAAUUUUUAAAUGGGAAUUUUCGCAAUCCUAAAAUAGUCAUUUAUUUCAACCAAAAUUGGAAUUUCGCGUGAAUACCUUUGUACUCGUCGCCGUUUAGCGCAGACCCUGUCCAGCCGAAUGUCUGACGUCACUAGAACGGAAGGUUAGCCUUUUUCGAAGCUGCGAACCGAGCUUUUCAAUUAUUUGGUGAUGCAGCUUUUAGCGAAAAAUUCAUUCUGACUGUGCGACUCUCAAUUUCCCACACUAUGAUCCCGCCAGACAUGCUGGCUUUCGAUUUGGGGAGAAACGUCAAUCGAGUAGUUCGGGCAGCUGAAAUACACAGCACUUCGAGGGAAAUCUGGGUAUCGGCUUUUGGUCUCGUCUGGCAAUGUUUAUCGCUGUAAAAGUUUCCGAUCUCCUUGCCGAGAAGCGACUAUUGCUCUCCUUUGCACAGUUCCCUAGACUAAUCCCCUCUGUCUUCGUUCUUCUUCUUCUUCUUCUUCUUCUUCUUCUUCAUCAUCAUCUUCGUCCUCUCCCGAUUUAGAUAUUGAGAGCACAACUCUGAAGAAGUUGACCCCUCGCCUUGGCAGGCUACCCAUGGUGCAGGAAACAACGCAAGCCAUCAUCAUCUUGCCCUUUUCUCUCCUCGAGUUGAACGUCACGGGGCCUUUUAUGUCCGCCACCCUCGUCGUGCAUUCCGGUCAGCGGCCAGGAAAUGAGGAAAGCACUGAUCACUCUGAACUGCCAUUCGAGAGGACAGGGUCAUUGGCAGAACCAAAACAUGAAAUCGGCGCUGCACCAACCUAUCCCAUUGAAGGUGUAAGUCUCAGUUCUUGAGGAGGUUUUGGCUGCAGGGUUUCCACACGGCUGGUGCCGGCGGUUGCCCAUAGGGUCACCGAGCCCUGUUAACGUCUUGGACAUGUGCUCACUCUGUUGGGUUUUUUAGACUUACAGAAACAACACGAACGGAACUUGGGAAGUGCUGGUCAUCAAGGAAUUUCCAAACCGAACGCUUUCACUUCCAGAUAUGAACUUUGUCCUCGGCGACGGCCUUGGUCGGCCAAAGAAAUCACACCUCUACAACGGUCCCCUGGAGCCGGGCACUGUGUACACGUAUGUCCAAACGCAUCCCAAUUCUUUCCCUAACCCAACCCGCAAAGUUGUAGGCUUUCUGUCCAAUCUCACCCCUCUAGGCUGCGAUCUCGCAAAGGGCAUGUUGGGAAAGUGGGAAGCUUUGGAUAUCCACGCCGACUUGGCGUUAUCCUGAUGACAGAUUUUGUCGUUCUGCUGGGGUCCCAAGUGCGACUUGGACCACACGUGAGGUCUGCUUGUAAUGACCUCACGGGGAGUUAGGCAGUCAUCGUGUAAUAAAAAUGAAAUUUUUGUGAUUCCUCCAAGGGCGCCCCCCCCCACCCUGCUCGGCAGUUGAACAGUCGAUUCCAACGAUGUCCACCAUGUUCUACACAGCAAGGUGCAGCAGGCACGGUGACGUGCGCGUGAGUUAGUUUAUAGUGACAGUGGACUUGCGAAGCACCUUCCGCACUCUCUCUUCCCCACUCCCCACCUGGACUCGGUUUAAAGACAAAGUCAAGAAGACCGGAGGCGAGGGAGGGCACAGGUGACUGGCACAGCCGCAAGCGCACCUAGACCUUCAACCACACCCCCUGGUAUAAAACAUACAGGGGUCAACAGGACGAGGAUGAUGACUGGGCAGCCAUGCCCGCCACCUGCAUACCCAGCGGCAGCGUAAGCGAAUCUAUCAGCAGGGGACCAGGUAUCAGGGAGCUGCCAGCCGGCGAUGGCCAAACGCUUUCAGACCUUUUGACCUAGAAGGGCGGCACGCGGCCCUGUAUUUGCCCUGAGCCCCUGCCCACGUACCUAAACAAGAGAACAGUUUAUAAACUGUGGAUGUCAUUUAACCACAAUGUCAGGCAUCAGCCGAUUAGCGUAAACUUGUGUACACAUGUGAGGGUUCAAAAAGGCAAUCAAGUCAUUGCGGCGGAAGCUGUCCUCACGAGUACACAACUGCACUUUCACCAUUAUAAUUCUAACCCCUUAUUCGACUACGUAAUUAAUACGGUAAGAUAAACGGUCCACUUUUGAAUUUCCUCAGAAAUAAUCUACUAACUUGAAGAAGAUUAGUUUAUUCAAGGUCUAUAGGCACAGACCGAGAAUUUUUAUUUAUGAAUAUUGCGGCCGAAGUCCAUCCGCCACAGUAGAUGACCGCGUAAUAUUCAUUAACUGCUGACAGGCAGCUAGUAGUAUACUCUGAAGUACAGUGAUACCACACUAACAGCACAGAUACUAGCCAAAAGCCAAUACACGCGUGUUUCGCCGAUAUUCUGCCGCUGCGAGGGGUUCGACUCGUCAGCCGGUCCCCCAGCAUUCCCUGUCUGUUUUCUCGUAGAUACUCCAAUUUAGACAUUGUCGCUUUUUAAUUUCCUCAGAAAUGAUCUACGAACUUGGAGUAGAUCAGUUUAUUCGAGGUCUAUAGGCACAGACUGGAAAUUUUUAUAAAUGAAUAUGUGGACCGAAGUUCAUCAACCAAAGCGGAUAACUGCGUCGGCAAUUAAUGCACAUUACGCGGUUAUCCGCUGUGGCUGAUGGACUUCAGCCCACAUAUUCAUACAUAAAAAUUCUCUGUCUGUACAUAUAGACCUUGAAUAAACUGAUCUACUCCAUAAAUUGUUCCGUUAGAGAGAGCGACCUUGGGGAUGAAUCGUGAUAGGUAAAUAAAACAUGGUCAAAGGAAUGGUUUAUGACCGGGGUUACUUACUCCGGGGAGCUUUUGUGUUAAGCAAAGCUCGGAAUAUCUAAGAACUUUGUGAUAUCACACAUUUUGAUCCUUCAUAUUCUCACCUAUUGGAACGGGACACAAUUUUUACCAUCCAAUGAUAAUGGUGUAUGAAUUUAGUGCCCCCUUGCGGGCUUUGCCAGAAAGUUAUUUAAUUAUCGUAUUUUUACUCCGAUGACUACAUAAAGCAUCUUAAGCACCUCAUGCAACAGCCCCCGCGAGGCCUUUUUAUCUCUUUCUCUGGCGCCUACAAGUAAAUAUCGUCAGUUAUUUUCUGUUAGCGUGGGACAGCAGUCAGUCAGGCGGGGGAGGGGGUGGGGAAUGAGAGGACGCGUGAGGAAAUAAGGUUAUGCCUAUUGUCCAUCUUCAAUGUGAGGCUGAUAAUGUGAUCCGCUGCCUACACAACAAACUAGGCAGCAUGACUUGGAAAAAUGUCAACCCGAACGAUAACUCGGUCCUCAUCCGACUGCGAUGGCUCCUUCUUAAGGCAGUAUUUAUGACAGCUCGCCGUAAGACAGGUAAUGUAGGUGGGCUAACUCAUGAAAUGUCCACCAGAAUUCCGAAAUGCCUUUUAGUUUCGAAAAGAUUAAGUAAGUAGGGUUGUAAAACUAGUCAGCGUCGAUCCCGCAACCUGUUAGUUAGAAGUCCAACGCCUCUAAACAUUGAGCCACUAGCUGGUUGUCUUGUGGGUUUCGAUGAGGUAUACAUAAUGGUAGAGGGACGAUCACCGAUCGUUCUCACGGAACUCACUCACUCCUUUUCCAGACUACGGUUUUCUGCGAACAACGCACCCAACCCUGUCUGAGCCUCUAGCUGGGGUGCCGCUUUAAUGCGACGCGUUACGAGGGCAAAAAUACGGGUACAUUAACUACUGCAUGAUGCUCAAAGGAGUCAAAAAAAUCCCUUUAAUUCUUACCGUUCGGAAAAGUUUUUUAAAGGUUGCACAGAUGCACCCGGUACUUUAUUGUUGUUCUUUCGCUUACUCAACUCAGUGAUAGGGUCGCUUGUCUCUAAGGUGAUCAGCACCUAUGCACCGCUGUUUUGGAGAGCUUCUUAAUCAAAUUACGUGAGUACGUGAACUAAUUUCCCAUCCCUAUAAAAGGACAUUGGGCCGCAAAAGAAAAGAUAUUAGCAACGUUUGUUGAAUAUAGGAGGUGUUAGAAAAGCUUCGUAUCACGAGAACGCGUGUACUGCCUUAAAAGGCCUGACUGCUAGAUAGCACUGAUUAAACCGCGGUUUUACGGCGUUGCUCACUUACUGCGUUUCACCAAAACCAUACUUAGUUCAUAUCCAAGAUUUUGACAAUGUGCCAUUUAUUGCAUUAAUUUCGUUACGAUGUUUGCAACCUUUUCAGGGUAACACUGCGCCUCUACUUUCAAGAUAUCUACUUUGAAUCUUCGCCGCUAGUCUUUCGGACGAAACGUAGGUGCCCUUAGCUGCCUUUAUUCUCUUAAAUACCACCGAUGACACUGAUUUCGUAAAGUUGAGAAUUUACUGAUACCUUACAGUCCUGCGGUUGGGCGUUUAGAAGCCGCGUGUAGCGUACGGAACCGUUGACUAAAUUAGGACAAAGGUUUACUACUUACAUCGGCCAGUAGCGAGAGAAUGAAACGAUAAAUAUGAGGCGUAAUUUGUUGAGGGAGAGCAAGAGAGAGUGAGAAGUGGAGAAUGAGGAAGUUAUGCCUAAAUAAGCAGUUUCUUGGGCGUCAGAAUGCUUAUCGGUAACGACGGUGACAUGGUUCCUCUACCUGAAGUAGGAGAGAGAGCUUGUGUGUGAGUGUGCGUGGAAUUCGUUGACCUGCUUCUGCUGGAGAACAAAAUAUGUGGGACCAGGGUCAACGUGAAGCUCUGGUCCGAUAUUCUCGCAUGAUGGUUUCAAUGUUUGGAGUAAGAAGGACGUAACGGCAAAGCGGGCUGGAAUGGCUGACACAACGUGAACCAGAGACUGGAGUCAUGAGAUGAUAGAAUCCGUGAUUGACAGGAUUCAGGCUCAGCUUUUGGGCCGUACUGGAUCACGGUAGGGGCCUGACUGGCUAGCGAUGACCAAGUCCGGAAGUUCAGCAACUCCAUCUUGCAUCUUUUAAGAUUGUUCUAGUACUGAUUACUCCUCCGCGCGUUAUUGCCUGACAGGACUGUAGACUACAACCACAAGAUAAGACAGAACGUCGUAGAACCAUGAUAGAUAGGUCAAUAUACCUUCUAGCGGGGCCUCAAGUGUUCCCGAUGAAACCCGCGCAUUGUGAGAUCAAGCGAGUCCCUGCUAGAUCAUCAGCCUUUAAAGGCUUAAUUCUCAUUUAUGGUUAUCCUACGACUUACAAUUACCUAUCAGUGAUCACUAGCGUCUGCUUGUUAACAUACGUGCGCAGGAAAGGGAGUGCCGACAAAUACAAGGCGGACUGGGAUGACCAUUUGUGGCUUGCUGGCCGUCAUCAGCUAAGCCCUACCGCAUUCAAAGCCUGGACGACCUGACGAUGGCCUAUGAACCGGAAAUGUCCACCCCACUUCCCUUGCUCGUCUCUUCCUCGCUCGUUUUACUGGCUGAUAUGCGGCUGCCUAAGAGGGUACGAGCAAGUUCCGUGACUCGAUCGAUGCACCUCCCCACACCGUGGUCCUGCGCCAGCUAUGUGCGUACGCUGAGUGGCCCUCCAGUAUCCCGACACCAGCACUUAAGGGAAGACCACUGUUACACAGCCGGCUGUGUCGAUUUCUCCCAAAUAUCUCAUUUGUGUUCCCUCUUGCUAGAGGAGUAAAAAUCGACCAGUAAAUCAGGAGAUACGCUGCAGAGGAACACUAAAUCCGAAGCUGGCAGCCCCGCAAUGACCACGGAUGCGGUGUCCAAUCACUACUGUCCUGAUGCACUGGCACGGUGUGCUGACCAAUCAAGUCCCAUCAUUAAGAUUGAGCGUCAUUUUUGUUUUCGUUUAUCGCAGUCAGCAGGGCGUAAGAGUUGAGCUGAGUCUGCAGAGAGCACUCAAUCGUACAACAGCUUUAAAUCGGAUCGUGCGCGUUUUCACUUUCAGGGAAGACCAGUCAAAAAGCGUUUGAAGGAAAUAGCCUGACAGGGUCAAUAUAUUUACUUACCAGGUCCCUAGGAUUUUGAACUGGGUGACAUAGUAUCAGCCUCAUUGACUAGACGGGUACUUUAUCUGACGACACUGACGUGUUUUGAAGACAGAAGUUUGAGCUAAAUGUUAAAUCAUGAUUUUAUACUCCGAGGUCUAAACGGUUGUAAGCUGAUAACUGUCAGUGAAUACUCUAAAGCUUAAAGCGAGUCCGUCACUGCAAGCCCUGUAUCGUUUUUACGUAAUUAUUGGUAGAAAAGACCUUUACCCUCCGACUCGGUAGCCGAUGUUUGGGCAAUCAGAAUUUGGGGUUAGUAUAUCGGCAAAAAGACGAGUUCUAAACUGCCGCUCUUGGUAUACUUAAUGGUAGCUAGGUAAGAGCUUCAUGAAACUUGACAAAACUGAUGGUUAAACACUAGUUCUAGACUGAAUCUGUAACGAUUCGAUCGCGGACUCAACAUAUUCAUUGAUGCUUUCGCAGAUCUACGAAGUACGUGAGCCUGGUAGUACUCUGGUGGAUUCUAGGUGAAUCAAUUGAGGAAUCCUGCUUGCGCAAUCAGUGUACUGUAUCAGAUUAGGUGGAUUCCAGACGUUGCAAUAGGUUGGGUGGGUUAACUUGACCCAAAUGUGAUUAAACGCGCGUCGUCCGGUGGGACCUCCUAGCUCAGGCGACUAGAGAGUUGGCUGUACUAAAGCCUUCCCUUGCUAUCGUGGGUUCGAAUACAUCCGAAGUGCCAGCUUUUUCACAGGUGGGUCAAUAUGAACUUAACAUAUCGCUUUUUUCACCUGGCACGUUUAGAGUCCACAAGUAAACAACCAUGAGAAUGACAGUUGUUGUUUUAAAAUUUUAUUGUGGAGACAUGGAGCACAAUUACUCCUUCAUUGCCGUUCUUGAUGAGACCUUAAAUGCCGCCUAAUCACAUUCUUCUACCGUCCUUCCAGGGAGACCUGUUACACCGCUGAUCGUCUUUGGAACCUUCGGUACUCUAGGCGUGCUGGUACUGCUAGGCUUUUUCAUUCUGCUGGCCUGCAGACGGCCAAGUGAAUACGCGAUGUUACUCAACGAAUCUCGUGAUGCGUAAGUUGUGCAUUCUCUUAAACAGUUUUGCAUCGUGAAACCCGUGGGUACACUUGGAGAGGGAGACACGUUCGCUGGGACAAGAUCCUUAUUAGCCUGACGUUUCGGAUUCCUGCUCGAACCCAUCAUCAGAGACGACAGCAGAUACAGGAGGUUCAUGCAAAAGGGGGCUGCAGUAUUUAUAGGAUGCAGGCGCCAUGCUACCGCAUACCUAUGAAUAUUCACGGCUCCCCUCCCCUUCAUCAGGGAUCCUUGUACGUGGUGUGAUGACAGUCUGAUGGCCGAUAUUCGUGCCGUUAAGAGCCGCAAUCUCAUCACGUGCGUUGGAUGUAGGUGUGAUCGCUGAUCGUGACUCCUUCUUCAAGGCUGCUUCUUGGGACUCCUCUCUUCGCUUCUAUUGGCGUGGAUGCACUUUUAUGCCUUCUUAUCUCGAUGAUCGCUUGGUCCAUUGCAGACAAAACCAUCUUCUUUUUUUCGCGUGUUGACUUUAUUUGACACAUAUUUUCAACCCUUGUGGUUUCUAGAGGGAAGAACGAGGAGGAAGAUAGGUGAGCAAAUUUUUAAUUAACAUGGAUUUUCUUUGAUGUGUUUAGUGUCUCGGUUAAUACAGUAGGUGAGCUAACUCAUGAAAUGUCAACAGAAAUACCAAAAUGUGUUAUCUUUUCGAAAAGAGUAGUUAAAUAGUGUUGUAAAACAGAUCAUCCUGCAGCAUAAUUCUAUAAUAAUUCUUUUACCUGGGAAUGCUGGCUUUCGAACCAACAUCUUUUCGGUCACAUGCAAAAACCACACUCUGAAAAAAUGACUACUUAAUUAGCAUGCAUUUUUCUCAUUGAUUUUCGAUGCUCUUAAAUAUUUAAUCAUCUGUCAUACAAAAUAUACAUUCGGUAGAAAAUUACGUCUUCUUCUUAUUUUAUACUCAAAGGAAGAAUAUCAUUCGGUUUUAAAAAAAGUUUCUAAUAUUGAAUUAUUAUAAUACCAUGAAAGCCAAUAUCCUGGCGUAACUGAAUUAUUAUAGAAUUAUGCUGCAGUAUGAUUAGUUUUACAACCCUACUUAAUUUAGCUUUUCGAAACGAGUGCGCAUUUCGGAAUUUCGGUUGACAUUUCGUGAGUUAGCCCAUCUUAUGUACUUUCUUUUAGUUAGUCUGUACGUGGUAGACCUCGCGUACCGACAGCUUGACCGUUGUUGCGACGGUGUCAACCGUGUGCUCCACAGCAAAGUGAAGCAGGCAUGAGGACUUGCGCGCGAAUUUGAAACUUGCGCGGCAUCUCCCGCCCCACCUGGACCCGGUGUCCAGACAGAGUCAAGAAGACCGGAGAGGGGGGAGGGCGCAGAUGGAUGGCACGUUUGAGUCCGCGCCUUGGCAUUCCACUGCACACCCUCUGGCCCACACACCAUAGGAGAAGGUUUUUGACCAACAACAACAAUGGGUAGGGGUGACAGGGGUCACAGAGUGCUCGAUGAUGCCGACAACCGAGUAUUCCACCGCACCCCGAAUGUUGGCAUUUGUUAUGGCGCGCACUCCGACAACGCCUGCCAGGAGCCGAUAUUGCCCCCGUGUUGGUUCAGCGCACCUGCCAUUUGGUCCGUUUGGGAGGGGGGCAAUACCGCGUACCAAACAUAUCUAGAUCACACAUAAAUCAAGCCCACAUCGCCUACUACACGUGCGAAUCCUUCACCUCACAUGCAGGUGUUCCUUGUUACAUUUUGACCCACGAUUUGGGAGAGGAAUGAGAGCGAGGUCUACACCGAGAAAUCCAUCUCCGCGACACUCAACUCAUUCCUUACUGUAAUAAAUCUGCCGCGUUUGAAUUUACCACACGGCUUGGAAAGCUGCCACCUGACGGAAGAGUUCGGUUCUCUGAGUAAACACUGCAUAGACUCGGUCCCGUUCAACCCUCAUCGCUACCGGGCAUUCACCUCGCGCAUCGGCCUGGUCGGUCACCUGCGAAUCCGCUGCAUAGACCCUGACGAAUCACUGCCUCUAGUGCCAGCGUACACUCGCCAUCAUCGUCUCAACCGCGCACAUUGUCCCCUCAGGCAUCGUGCGGGCCUCCACGCGAAUAUUCGCCAAAUCGUCGCACACUGCUCCACAGGGUAACGGUAUGGCGAAUGACUUAACUUUACUGGCAGCUGACUGUGCAUCACGUCAUAGAGGUUUUUAUUUUGGCAUCCACUCGCACUACACACACAGUUCUCCAUCAACUGAUGCUCCACACAUUAACACCUUUAACAUCACCCAACAACGCAGGUACCUCUCACGCAAGCGAGAAAUGUGUCCUCCGACUCCUUCUCCACGUGACUCCCCUGCCUCAUGUGAAAUCUGAGCAGUCUACUCUCUUCUGUGAAACACACCGGUAUGUGCCUAUGGGGGGUCCGGUCGUAUGUGUGGUACGCGCAGAGAAGGUCCAUCAGCCACCGCGCCCAUUUUCCGGCAACUUACCGGCUCGGACAGUGGCCGGAGUCUGGGAAUGAUAAUAGAGAGUAAGUCCGACUUCUCAGCGCACCUUCCUCACUACAAACAGCCUGACGCCCAUGAAGCUAUCACGGUGCGUUGCAAGUCGUGGCUGCCAACUGUCCGGAUAGCUCGGACAUUGUGUGUUUGUGUGGAGUAGCGGACUGGUGGACUGCGAGUUAGAAUGCAAUGAAUCCUUCUUAAUGUGGCCUCUAUGGCCCUGCAUAGGAUUGGAGGCUGCCCCCCCCCCUGUUCUCUUGUAGUGUGUACAAUCUUGACCAGUAUGUGCUGUGGAGCACAGAGUGUGGUGGUACGCAUAGGCGCGGGUCUGCGCCGUGCCAGACACCUGCGUCCUCUCUCGUCUCCGACCGUCUUGACUUUGUCACGAUCCCCGGUUGCAGGUUCGGGAGGAGGAAGGAGUGCGGUAGAUGCUGUGCAAGUCUACUAUUGUGCUGUCCCUGGUCUCACCCUGCUGUGGAGCGCACAGUAGACGUCCUCGGCAAUGAACUGUCACAAUAUUGAGUUAACUUUUAAUCAUCGCUUUUUCACUCCGUUUUUUCUUUGCAACUUUUGAAGCACGAUGCAAGAGAGUGAAUGGUCCCAUUUGGAAGGCACCUCAGAAAACGCGUUAGGUAGGCGGCCCUCUGUGUUUUCUUAUAUAACUACGCAAAAUCAAGAAGAAUUUGCCUGUGAUAAGCACAGGCAAGGCGUUGUUUUGUUUUACUGAUAGCUUCAAAUGAAACACAAAACGUCCAGCAAUCUGGGAAAGGUAACGGUACCGUGUAGGACCCCCAUAACUGACAACUCCAGCAUGCAGGCUAAGAUUCAAUGUGGCUGCAAACAUCAUCUAUUAUUCAAUGUCCCUAUUGGUUGAAAUUUCCUAACAAAAGUAAACUUACCAGCGGCGGUUUAUUUAGAGUCCGUUGAUUUUUAAAAAUUGUUUUUUGUUUAUUUUUUUACUAUGCUGCUCACUUCCAUUUCCAAAUGACAAAGAAUUUCGGCAGAAAUUUACCCUUUUUUCUGUGUCUCAUUACAUCCCGCCUGCUUCCUGUCCUGCGUGUUGUCCACCGGUAAAACCCCUCUACCACCAUUCAAGGUAUGACACGGUCCAAAUGCUACCUCAAGCUGUCUGGGGUCUUACACCCUACCGUUGCCCUGGGAAACUUUUAGGUUUUUUCGUAUAACGUUCACACUUCACGUUUUAAGUUCAAAAAACUCUCUGAUUAAAAACGUUUUUGGAAGCUUUUAGACCAGUCAGAGUGAACUACGUGAGUAGGACUUCGACUCCUUCCUAUUACAACCAGCGGUAAGUCCAACUUUAAACAUGGUAAGCAGAAGCAUCUCGUACGAACGCGUUAAUAGCAUCAGUUGCUUCGUCUAGUGUAACAUAAGGUAGCUGACUUUUGAUGCUAGAGUGACUUAAUCAACCUCAGGCAGUUUAGACUUCACCUGACAGGGCUGUGCCAGCUAAAUUUCUUACAUGUAAACCUAUAAGGCUUCUUUUCUUAAAAAGAAUAUAAAUUUCGCCAGAUUUCUGACUCUGACUGUGAUUAAUUUUUACAUGGCGUUAUUUUAACUCAAUUGAACGCGACGUAACUUAUACUACUGAAAAUUCAGUUGACAAACUAAUGUUUUCAGUAACUCAUCAACGGACCACUGCAUUUACAUCGGUAAUUAUCUUUUUAAUUGUCGACGGGAUAUAAAUGCGUUUCAGGGAUAAACAGACUCCAUGUUCCCACGCCGCCCGUAUGACGAAGUCAGCGUGUAGAGGACGCUGGAGUUGGGGUGGGAGGGGGGGGAGAUAGGGGUUUCGGUAAGAUUGUGAGAGCUGUGUGUAUGUUAAACACGCGGAGUGCGUGUGACUGUUCUCAGGGCGUCGGGACGGCGUGCGAUCAACACCGGGAGACGGACUGCUUGUGUCAACGUCUUCUGAAAACAGAGCGAUGGGCUCGCUAGUCGAAUGAUCAUUGCUUCGUCUGUAGCCAGCAGCUGUUUGCACAGGCCUUUAGAGUAGUGUGCCGGCGCCCGGUAGAUAACUGUAAAGGCUUCUUUAGAAUCGGCUUUGUGGUACGUAUCGAUUAGCUGUGGAGAAUUGAACUUGAAAUCGAUCGAUUUUCCCCUCCAUUUAGCCAGGCAGGCAUUGUGUUCGUGUACCCUCUUUUUCAAACGCCUCGCUGUACGGCCAAUAUAUCGCGCUCCGUAGGAGCAGGUGAAUGAAUAAAUACACAUAGGGGGGGACAAAGGCCGACUGCUGUUACAGGCCACUUAGUGUGCUAUGAAGGUCCCAGUUUGACAAAUUAUGUGAAGAUAAUAAAAAAAACUGCAAAGUAUUGCAUUUAGUUGAUAGUCCUUUUGCCUGAAAUAGGCUAAUAAAUUUGGCGGACGUAGGAGUUGCUACGUUAUUUGUGGUGGAUUGGUAAAUGCAAUACACAAACUUUUUUGCAUUGGAAAGUGUUUUAUUUCAGGGACGGAAAUGCUUCUCAAACCGUAGGCGGAGUGGAUGGUUGUGGGAUCUAAAAAAUAAAUUAUAGUCGUGAGGUGCAUCGGAAUCAUACGCCCUUUGAGCAGUGAAAAGGAGCAUUAUUCCGCAACGUCAUCUUGUCCAUUUGCCUUCGGUUAAUGACAUUGCAUUCGAAGGCAUCUUUGACGGUAUAGAUAAACACUUUGCUGUUUAUGGCAUCUGUCAGCUUCCCAGUCGUCGGGAGUUCUUCAACUUUGCAACCGGUAGAUUCUCUUCUCGUGGAAAGUUCCUUUAGGACGACUUCGGAGGGUUGUCCAAACAUAAGACCUCAUCAGUAAAGUAAAUGGUCUUUCCGAUGAUAGUCUGUGAUCAAUAUGUUCCUCAACAAAUUAAAAAAAACAGUCUCUAGUUAGUUUCCUGUUCAAAAUGACUUUUUCGCGGCCUUUUGCUAUGAGGGAACAUUGACAAGUACCCUCUAUGAAUAGACCUAAUAGUUGACAAACAAGAUCGUCGUCCAUCUUGCCUGUAGACCGUUCUGGUCCACCUUGCUUAUUUUUGGGCAUACAUCUAUCGUUAAUAAUUCGCCUAUAUGGCCUGAAUAAUAUUGAAAAUAUUGCCUAACAAGGUACACAGCAACCCAUCCGAUGCUAAUAUCCGUAUACGCUCAAAUCCUACGGCCGACGCAAACUGCCCCGACGUCUUUGUUAUUCGUCAUGUCACGGACACUUUUCGCAAUACAAUCUUUUAAUUUCAAAAAGUAUUAAUGAGAGCUAAGUGUCAGGUAUAUGACUUUUUGAAUUGAUCCCAAAAUUUCAAUGAACGGUUAAAUUGAAGAAUCAAACACAGGCAACGUCAGGGAACCUACCGACGCAUCAAAUUACUCACGUUUUCGUCAGACAGAGACAGAAACCUCGGUGAAACACGCGUGUUUGCGAGUGCAGUUAGUGCCUACUUUGGGAGUACGAUAUAACCGCGCCUUUCAUUUGUUUUCGUCUUUUAUCGGUCAUUGUGGUGGGAAAAAAGUUGUGCUGAACAAAUUUAUUACUGCGUUUUACGACGAAGGCGCCACCAAUUUGCAAAUCAACACUCUUAAAGCUGAAAUCGCCUCUCGUUUUUAUGAGAAUAACACGAUUUCUCAAAUGUGACCUCACCAGAUUUUCAAGCAUCCAAACUCAGAUGCUCCCAUUCAGAAGACGCUAAUUGGAAACGCGCACUUGCAAGUGGCUUUAGCCUGUGAUACACACAACAACAUUGGAAAUUACGUCACCAAAGACCUCUUUGUCAAUGAAAGCCAUUCCUCUCCUCAAAUUAAUCUAAUAGACAUAUAAUGUCAGCACUACAUGAACACCAUACUACUCACUUGAGUCAUCGCUAUAAAUACUAUGAGUUGUGCCACCUCCUGUAUAUUAGUGCUUAAUAGAUCUCGGAGGUAGUCGCAUUGAAGACAACGGCGCGUAAUGUAGGCAAAGGCAACGGAGACUGGUGUAGCCAUUUCAGUCGUUGCUAGCCAGUCAUGCCCAACCCACAGGUGUGCAAUCCCUGGGGCUCGAUCCAGCGACCUGUUCGUUAGAAGCCCAACCCUCUCAACCACUGAGCCACAGGCUCGUUGUCCUGUCGGUUUUCGAUCGGGAAUAUACAACGGUAGAUGGGCGCUCACUGAUCGUUCUUAUCGAACUCACUCGUUUCGUUGUGCCUUGUGGGCUCUCUCUCCCAAUCCCAACCAACAGCUGCGCAUCGGUGCGUGAUGUAUAUACAUCACGUUCAACACCCUCCGAAGAUGACGAUGAACAAGAGGGAGCAAGUUCAUGGACAAAAUCGUAUUGUUUCUGACGUUUCGGAGGCCAAGUACCUGAAUGCCCUAUUCAAAGCCAACGGUUGUCGAAAGCUUUUCAUACGCAAGCGUCGUAGGAAGCCUUAUGUUCGGCGGCCGAACGGAGAAAAGCCGUGAUUCUGCCUCGUGAUCCUCUAUGUAGCAAACGUUUUAGAGACGACAGCAAGAAUCCUGAAACCUUUUUUGUAUUAGCGUGACUGAUAAACCAGAAUGUCUGACUACAGUUUACAAUUCUAGCGAACAUUUCUUAUUAGCAGAAAAGCAUUGCCCACGAAGCAUGGCUAUUUCUGUCUUAUUAGCUGUCCUCAGCCAGCCAUACCCAACUCCGGGCUUGCGAAGCCUGGGGUUUUAUCCCGGGUUCUUUUUCCAUUGGGCGUUCUGCAGUUCAACGUUCCACCACCGGGCAAAGUGCCUUUAUCCCGACUACUUACACGGUUUUGUCCGACGACGCGAAAGAGGUCUCGUCCAAGAGGUAUUAAAAGAACGCUACUGAGACCUUCAGUACGGAGCAAGUUUCUGGCACGCUCGCGCAUGCGCGAUGGCAGAUCUGUGCGUUUCAUGGUGUUCUUGCAUGUCUCACACGUCUGCAAACCGGCUAGCUGAAUGUUGAAAGAAUGUGGCCGAUCAUGACCAACACAUCUGACCGGCCAUGAGCACCGUCUAGAAAAGGCCGAUAUCAGUAGGCACUAUGCCAUAAUCACAUGGUAUUUUAAGUUGCCAUAGACGCGGUUAUUGAAGAUAUAAAGUGCUUGCUGCAUACCUUUACUGAUUGUCUACUGGAACACACAAGCACAGGCGCGCGACAUUUGGAUACAUGAACUGUAUUUGCGGAAUAGGGUGUAAUCUGUGCAAAAUUAUCUUUCAUUUUUUCAGAUAUUUAUUUGAACACGCAUCUUUUCAACACCUUGUAGAAUCCCACCCGUCGCUGUCGAGAGCUUUUCAAACUACGUAAAGCGCCUCGUUGAUAAUCCAAAUGACCAUAUUAACAUGCAUUAUCGGGUUAGUUGUUUUUCCGGUUGCAAAUUAUAUUUUUUAUUACAGUCAAAGAUCCUUUCAACCUUGCGAAGUCGAGAGCCUCAGAUAUGCAGGAUGUCGUAUCGCGAGUGGUCUGUAAGCAUUCAGCAGAUGUUUAUUUGGAUAAUUUCGGGGAAUGUGCAGAUUUUGCAUCUGAUGUGUUGGCCACAUUGUGAGGAAACCUGAGUUACAGUCAGGAAGCUGAACCCACGGGCUAACAAAUUCCUGCUCGGCAUCCCCUGCUCCAAUCCCUUCUGACAAUACAUUCAUCGCCUCCACCAGGAAUUCCGAUGUCGAUAAAAUCCCCACUGCAGCCGCGGGAGGUGAAGCGGGGCCGGUCUCUCCGACGUCGAGCCAUAUAAUGGUCUCGCAGACUUGUUAGCAGUUUUCGUUUCGCAAGGCCCGCAUAAUCACGGGGCUAAUUGCCGCACACCGCGUGGUAGAUGUCAGCAGCGUGAGUAGCCGGACAAUCUGCUGUUGGUUAGGCGCGCCCAACUAUCACAUACAUUUAGGACGAGGUGACGAGGCGACGCAUUAUCACAAGUGGCCGCUCACACCUACGAAAUGGGUCGCGAGUUUAACUUCGCAGCCACCAAAAUAGUCGACCACGCCGGAAACAAAACAGGCCGAGAAUUGAUCGAAGCCUGGGCCUCGGAUGAGAACUCGGUCAAUCGAUUUAUCGAUCUGUCGCCGGCGUACAGAGCCCUGCGCCGUCGUUCAAUGAUUGGUCUACAUGCCAGAUAACUGUCGCAUGUUCUGCUGCUGCUACUGCUACUUCCUCUGAAGAUGAACUCCUGUACGAGUCUGAGAGUUCAGGACUAUGAAAAAAAUGUUCCAGUGCUCGACUCUUCUUCUUCAUUUAGGAAUAUGUCUUAAUUUUCUAACACUCCAUGAUGCUGUGAGAUGGCUGAAUCCGCGGCCCGCUAGCUGGGCACUUAAGUAGCAAGAACCCGGAUUCUAAGGUACGCCUAGUAAGGUUAUGUUCCCUUUGUUGAUAAAAGCUGCUUUAGGGUAAAAAAAAGUGGGAAGGACUAGGCGGUAAGUAAAACCGAGGCAUAGGUAAAUAGGUUGUAGAAUGUUAAGCGCUAUGACGGUGGAAAAAUAGCUUUACCAGGAUUAUAGGUGGUCUGAAGGACCAUUUUCCUGGGGAGGGGGGGGGGACGGAGGGGAGCAGGUGGGGGCUACAAUCCACGAGAAAAUGCCCGCCAGUUCGGAAAAACCGUGUCCUUUUCCGCCUCCUAGACGGGGGAACGGGAUAUUGAUGAAAAUGCAGUCGACGCUUGCAAGGGAUGGGGACUAAUGCAAACAUUAGAGACAUCGUUUACUUCGCCUGAGGCCUUUACUCAACUGGGCAGGUCACAGGCUUGACGAGCUCCAACAACGUCUUCUUAACUCUCCGUCAGUUAGCGACCGCAGAUCGAAAAGACUGGUGACGGUAGUCGUGCGGUGGUGCACAGACGCCAUCAGGUGGGCGUAUCCUCUGCGUAGAAUAAUGCCUACUGCAUGGCAGUGGACGCCAUAACUGCAGUAGUUUUACGAUUUCAUUCGCGUAGGAGAACGUUUUAAAUUACUUGUGGUGACUCAGUCCCCUCACCAUAUAAACGGGACGACUGUUGUGGUAACUGUGUCCAGGUAGUCACCUGGCUUCCCGAUUCGUUUUCGCUACUGAUCUGACGGGAACACCACCGAUAGGGAACAAAUGUACUCUCCCUUUUUUUCUCCAGCUCUUGGAAAUUUUGUCGAAGCAUCAGGAACAGUACUGUGGCCUUACUACGCACUUCGGCGAACAGUUCCCCUCGAAGACACGACACCCGGCCUUUCCUCCAUGUAAGUUGGCCAUUCUUUCUUUAACGGCCUCCAGGUGUUGACAUGUUUUUCUGAAAAUUUUGCUCAUUAGGAUUGACAGUCGUUUUACGGCUUGACGUUUGUCUCCCUCUCAUCUUUUUUGAGAUGACUGACGAGUGUUGAACGGAAACUACGGCGGUGGCAGCAUAGUUGCACCUGAAGACGUCUACAGUGGGUGGAUGCUUGUCAGCGAAGUGUCGGAGGGGAGAGACGUCGUCGUUCCACAGGCCGACCUUCCACAACAGCCGUCAGCGGUGGAUGCGUCGAAGUGUCUGUAGUGAAGUCAAGGAGAAGACCGCGUCAUACACCUGGGGGAGCUCCACUCAUCCUGGGAUGCCUCCGUCGUCAGAACUGUUGCCUCUCUGGGCUCACCCGGCUGACCUCAGCUGGCGGAGGGGUUCGAAAGCGUCCGUCUAAACACCGCCCGAGAGACAUAGCGACGGCUCAUGGGGUGGAGGACGUCCCAAUUGGGGGGGAGGGAGGGGAAGCGGGCUAACCAGAGCUCGGGGGACCCCCGGGCUAGCUUCUGAGUCAUCUAAAGGUGACCUUGAGGGUUUGGCCUGGACAGACGACGAGGUCGCGGUCACCGAGACUCGCUGUCGAGCAACCUUGACGUCACGAUCGGAGUUCUGACAGCGGAGACAUAUGAGACACUUUAUGGUGGACCCGGCUCAAUAAAUCCUGCAGGGGAGAUCAAUUGGUUACGACAUUUAAUAUCAACCCUACUUCCGAUUGAGCUAAUUCAGCCUAAACCAAACACAGACCAAGUGCAUAAAACAGCUUCUAAAUCCAUCUUUAGGAGACUCGCCCUUAUAAAGAAUCACUUCUCCCAUUUGCACCUGCCUGGAAUUCAGAAUCUGCAUUUGCUUUGUCACAUUUCAGACAGGAAAAACAGACAACCUUGGCUGGAAAAACGUUUCUGGUUCCAGUGGACUAGUGACAAUCGCACUGGGGCUCAGAAACGUGGCCUUCCUUUGGCCAACCACUUUUCACUUUCCUACUAAUAUCAGUUUCAGUUGUUGUGGCACUGUUUGCGGAUAUUUUCAAUUUGCUGUGUUUUGAUGAUGGUCGGUUGUGGUUAUGAUUCACAAUUACGUUAGGGCGAGGAUGAGGGGUUAGGGUAAUGGUUAUGUGGGUAGGGUUAGGGCUCCGGGUGAAGGUUAUGGUUAGGGAUUAAGGUUUGGGGCUAGGAUUAGGGAACAGAGCUAUGGGUUAGGGCUAGGAAUUAGUCGUUAGAAUAAAUGUUAUAGGCCAAGUGUUCAGGAUUAGAGACUAGGGCUACGAAUUAGGGUCACGGGCUAAUGGUCUGAAUUAGGGUUAGGGGCAGGCGGAUUGAGUUAGGACUAGGGUUAGUCUUAGAGGACUGCACACACUUGCAAAUCACUCUGCGCACUUACGGUUGCUUGGUCAUCAACGCCGGUUAUUCUGCACCAACUUUUUACAACUUCUGCCUACCGUUUCCAUCUGGUUAAGCGUGGCUGGCGGACAACUUUUACUAAGAUAGAUAAAGCCAUUCAAAUCUUUUACCUUUGUCGGCAUUUCUCUGCAAACUGGGGUUUGUCAGUCUCAAUUUAAAGUGUAAUCUAUCGGUCCUAAUAGUUUUGCCCCAACCUGAAGAAAGUUACAAAUACGCACCCAUAAUGGGUAACCUUCUUGCCCGACACCUUACGCCGUAUUCUGAACUCCAAGUCCGGUUAAGUACAGGGAAUCUUUUUUUACGCUGCAAAACAUACAGAAUCGUAAAUCGGUUACAAAGGGCGCACCCCCGUCCCCUCCUAUGAUCUCCCAUUGUUGUUAUUUCAGGACGAUCGAAACUCGGAAUUCUCUGACAAUCACACCCUGUUUCCCAAAUUUCCAAAUACCGUGUAACAGUGGUUCCGGAUUCACCCCGCAUAAUGCGGAAUCCUAGUUCUAGUUCAUUUCUGCGGGUUGUGAGUGAGCAAUGUGACGUGGUUUUGUUUUAUCCUAUUCCAGACAGUAACGACAUCUAGCCUGUACCAGGAAAAUAUUUCCAGUUCCGGUGGAAUGGUUGCCAUUUCUCGACAUGAAGCGAUCCAUCUGGCUAUUCUGGGCAGCAGCAGAGCGCUUUUGAGGCCCAUAAAGAUGCAGCAUCUAUGCAACCGGCGCGUUUUCCUUGUGGGAAAUGGUUAUUGAAAGACGCGACAGUAUCGGUAGCUGAUGCAAUUACGGUAGAUCCGUAUGAUGCAAACAUCAGUGAGAGACAAAGUGCUCCUCUCCUACCCUCAGACAUUUAAUCAAACAUGGAUGGAACUCACAGUGCCCUGGACAGUGAAUGCAAUCUUUUGGUCAAUGAAUCUUUUGGUUUUCGACCUCCAAACCCGGAUUUGUCAGCCGCGAAUCGCCCUUAGGUUAAAUCGCAGUUGGUAGCCAUGAAUGGCGAGUCGAACAGUCAAGUCCCUGGCGUGUGGGAAUAGUGGGAAAGGGGGGUUAUAUGAGUGGGGUAAUGGAAGGGCUGGUGGAGGAAUGCUAGAGUUUAUGGAAAAAGUAAAUUUUCCAAGGAGAGUUCUGGGAAGUUUUAAAUAGGUAAAAUAAUGGCAGAAAUUUUAAACCAACCCGCAACCCUAAAAUCCGACCCCCAGAGCAACCCUAAAGCGUAACGCUAAGCCUCAAAACCAAAACGUAAUCAAAAUCCUAAAACCCAACGCCAACCCAAAACCCAGCCAGAACCCUAACCUUAACCCUAACCCUAACCUUAACCCUAAGCUUAACACUAAUCCUAACCUUAACCCUGACCAUAACCUUAAGCCCAACCCUAACCUUAACCUUAAGCCUAACCUUAACCCUAACCUCAACCUUAACCGUAACCCUAACGGGAACCCUGUUAGGAAUCCAAACCCUACCCUUAACACUGAGACCUGACCCCAAAACGCAAACCUUAAUCCUAAAACUUAACCUACGCCUAACCCUAAUCCUCCACUAAACCCGACAGUCUGGUCGAAACGGGCGACCUGCCUAACUCAGUAAGAACAUAGGUACUGAUAACAAGUUCCCUAGACAAGAUAAGCACACCUGCUGAUAACAAGUACGUACGUCGACGGUAUCAAAGUAUAAUGUCUGGCUACCAACUGCAAUCUUACCCGUAUAUUCAGAGGGGCAUGGCACCACCUGGACUGGUUUCUAAUUUCUAUUCAGACAUAGCACUUUGCGUGAUCUUCCCAACUCUAAGUCGUGCUGAUUAAAAACCCUACGCCAGUCCACUGUCAUGUUGUAAAACGGAGGAAGAAGAACGCACCUCAGCGACAUCCUCGUCUCAUUGUCAUCUCAGGAUGAACGCAACUCUGAAUUCGCUGACUAUCACUCGUUUUUGUCCGCAUGUAAGAUGUCAUAGAAUGGGGGAUCGGGGUGCAGUUGACCAUUUCGACCGUUUGUAUGUUUGCCUGCUUUCCACAUCCCGAGCCAAUGCCGCAUUCCGUUUUCCUGCCGGGAAGCAUGGUGACUUCAAGAACGUGAUGGAGCUGUUUAGCGAACAGACCAUCGAUCCUUCAACUUGGGCUAGCCCCCUAGGAGGGCCCAGGCGUUCAUCAAGGUCGCGGCGUGCAAAUCUGAUUCGCAGUCUGGAGCACGAAUGUAAGCGAAGGGCAGUGUAACGAUCAAGACAGAGAAAUGCGGAUCUUCCUUUCUGUCAGCGCGCAACCUGGGCACGUAUAACGGGUUUAUGAUCUCGACAGUGUAUUUUGGAUUGACUUGCUCUGGUCACAGACUGCCUUAAACGCCUGAAGAAGUCACCUCGUGCACAAAACACUUGAGUUGUGGUACUACGAUGUCAACUCCAUCAAUGGGUAUAUGGACCUUCCUCCAGCGUACGAAGUCCUACAUCGCUCCGUUCUCAGCGCUUAGGGCAAGCUGGCCACAAGCGGGCAGGUACAGUCAGACGACGAGCACAGUCGGGGGGUGGGGGGCAAGGUCCGUCAGGACAACCCCUCACGAAGGAAGUUCAACCACCUCCACUCAACGAGGCGGUGUCUCACAACCUACGCAUCUAAAAAGCCCACCAAACAUCCCCCGAAUGGCCGACAAAACGAGAGAAAAAGGAAAUUGAUCAGCAUGUAGGCGAUUACCAAUGCAAAGAGCCAUCUUUAUUUCGGUUUGAAAGGGCCAUAAAGAUUAUAUUAAGUAGGGGCCAUCGCGGUCUGACUAUCUGCCCUUGGAGGGUUGGGUUACCCAGCCCCCCAAAUCACGACUCUUUGUGUGUCCUAACAGAUUCACGUAUGUUAGUGAUUACAGUGAGGUAUGUGCGCUAAUGCGACGUGAGGAUUAAUUCACCAGUGUUGGCCUUGCCUACUCUUAUAUCUCCCCUGCUCAAGUCGAAUUCUGAACCUGUCAAUUAACUGGAGAUGGCCUUAGACGCGUGCCACACACGGCUUGACUCUCCACCUCAUUAGCCGGGUUAGAGUUUUAUUAACUAGCAAAACACAAAAUGUCCACUUUAAUUAAAUAUUUAUACAAUCACUUGUUUACAGAUGACCAGACGGUGGUUCUGCUCGACCGAUGUUGGGUUCAGUACCGGGCAGCACCACGAACAGUUCUCCCACACGUAGGUCCAGUUCACAUUUCAUUCCUCUGCAAUCACUUAUAACAUGCGCAUUCUUUAUGCCGACGGUUUGUGCGUGGUAUUUACACUUUCAUUCGACCCACAGGCAAGUCUCUAUGAGGCUGUUUAUAUUGACGCCAGCUAUGUGACCAGAUGUAGAUUCCACCCGACCGAGGGCUCUGCCACAGUCCCCGACUUUGGCACCGUUCCUGAAUUUAUUGUCGCAACAACCCCCAUGGAGGACACGUGUGCAGGAUUUCUAACCAUGGUGGCGCAACAAUGCUCCCCGCUGAUUAUCCAUCUGGACAAGUAAGCCUCAACUGGUUUUCUGUUUGCGCUGGAAAUCGAGAAGAGUAACUGGGAUGGACAGCUCCGGUUCUUUUGCCCUCGUCAGUUAGCUAUACCCUAACCCGAGCCAAAGUAGUCCGCAAUCUGAACCAGAAACGUCCAUUCCAGUCUCUCUCUCUCUACCUCGUUCUUGCGGUUAACACUUCUUAAUUACUGAUCGCUCGUUGCUAUGCAACUAUUUGCCAGGCCUACAGACUGGACUACCAUGGCAACGGAAUCGGCAACCCUCACUAAACUUAUUGGUCUAUGAACGUCCUUCCCAUAUCACCUUGAACAAACUUUGGCUUUUUAAAUGGCUGCCAAGCAAUUUUUGUUAAAGUCUAAUCGCCUGUUGGGACAGCUAUCACGAGUGCCCUCCCUGCGGCGGAUAAAUUCGCAAAUUCUCCCUUUUUACGGUUGACAGCGAGUGCCGUUUCAGGCUACAUCGACUUGUAUUUGUUCACUCACCUGCGCCUGAGAAACGGGGUACGUUGGCCGUGCAACGAGGCGUCUAGAAAAGAGAUUGUGCGAACUUAUGCCUGUCUGGCUAAGGUAAAUAGGAAAAUCGAUAGAUUUCAAAUUAUAGUCUCGCACAUCUAAUCGGUACGAACCAGCAAGCUGAUAACAAAGAAACCUUUCAAGUUAUCCACCGAACAACAGCACAGCAGUUCGACCGUCGUUGCCGACGCCGCCCACUGCGUGCUCUACAGCGAGUCGGGGGCAGGCACUGUGACUUUUGUGGGAAUUAGUCCAUAAUGACAGUAGACUUGCACAGCAUCUACCACACUCCCUCCUCCUCCGCCUCCUCCCCACCUGGGUCUGGUGUCUAGACAGAGUCAAGAAGACUGGAGGAGGGUGCAGGUGGCCAGCGCGGCCGGAGCUGCCUCCUAGAAGUUCCGCGAGACCCGACCCGGAUCCCACGCAGUGGGAGUGCCAUAAAGGCCAUAUCAAGAAGAAGCCAUUGCAGCCUGACUCUUAGACCACCGGUCGACCGCUCCACAUAAACAUACAACACUGGGCCGACUACGAGGUCCAAGUUAUCCCGUAAGUUGGCAACGUUCCAAGCUACGGCUUUUAGCGAACUGUGAUGGUUUCAAGCGCGUCAGACCGUUUGUAGUGAGGAAAAUGCGCUGAGAUGUCGACCUCACGCUCCCUUCUUAUUACCAGGCCGCAGUCACUAUCCGAGGCGGGCAGGUGACAGGUGCGGAGAAUGUGCGCGGUGGCUGCCACAUUCAGUGACACAGUUUGCGCGCGCCGCGUGCACGACCUGGUUCCCUAGAAACAAGCUCCGGGAUUUCAGACAACGGUGACUGGGCGUGCCAGAGAUCACGUUAAGAAGGAGCUGUUUCAGCCGGGCUCUCAGCCCACCAGCCUGCCAGUUCACACAAACCCACAGACAACUGGGCAGACUGCGUGGACUGAAUUGGAGCGUCAAUCGGCAGCUCUCUAAGCCGCAGUGCUUGGCGCACCGACCUCGGAUCACACAUGCAGCAGAGGAUCCGAGACGCACACUUCCCACUUGCGUGUGAUACGCACCAGCACACUGCUUUUAAGGUCUACAUAAACGGGUGCUAGCAGCAGCAGCUGAGGCAGUGGUUAUUCGGUUCUCGAGUCUGGAGCGCCGUUGUCAGAAGAUGUCGAUAGGGUCAGCCUGCUUUCCCUGGCUGACUCCAGGUGGUGAUCGCUCGCCGCGGCAACCGUCUGAAAACGAUCGCACGCACUCCGCGUGUUUGACUUUCAAACAGCGCUCACACCCCACUCUGAACCCCUCUGGACGCUCCCCCUUCCGGCCUCGGCUCAAAAGGCCUCAAUACGCUGACACCAUCGUGCAGGCGGUGUAAGUAAGAAUCAUUAAGCAGCUUAAUUCUAUAAUAAUUCAAUUACCUCAGGAUGCCGGCUUUCGAACGAACUUCCGUCCGUCUGCAUGCAAAACUAUAAUCUGCAAAAAAUGACUGAUUAUGUGGCAUGCAUUUUUCUCAUUGACUUUCGAUUCCCUAAAACAGUCAAUUAUAUAUCAUGGAAAAAAUGCAGAAAAAUAUUCAUCCUUCUGGUCAUUCAGUCGAAAAUUACGUCUUUUUCCAAUUUUUAUGCUCGAAGAAGGAGUAUAAUUUGGUUUUCAAAAACUUUUCAAUUUCCCGCAUAAUUUUGAACCCGAUCUGCCGUUAUACUUGCAUUCAGGGUUUCCAACCCUCAAGCCGCAUAUUUUUCGUGUACGGAAAUCCAUAUAUUCCUCCACAGUGUUAAGAGAAGACCAUAUGGGGUUCAUGAAAGUUGGCAAUGGAUUUGAGCCAUAUUGUUAACUUUACAAGCCACAUUGGUAAAUGCAUGGACGUGAUGUUUAAUGAACAGCCAUUUCACGGUAUGUAAAAGUCCCACAAUUAGAAACUUUGUUAAAACCGAAUUAUACCCUGUUUCGAGCAUAAAAUCGAAAUAAGACGUAAUUUGCUACCUAUUGAACAAAGGAGUAAAUAUAUUUAUGCAUGUUUCUCAUGAAAUAUAAUUGAUAUUUAAGGGCAUCGAAAAUCAAUGAGAAAAUUACAUGCUGCCUAAGUAGUCAUCUUUUAAAUAGUGUAGUUUUUGAUUGAGGCCGAACAGAAAUUCGUUCGAAAGCAGGCAUCCUGAGGUAACUGAAUUAUUAUAGAAUAAUGCUGGUCGAUGAUUAGCUUUACAAGCCUACUUACUUAAGACUUUCGAAACGAAAACGCAUUUCGGAAUUUCGGUCAACAUUUCAUGAGUUACCCCAUCUACCGUGUGUUUACAGGUGGGGCCGGAAAACGCAAAGGCGACUAGGCCAAGUAGUUAUAUGCGAAAGAAAUGCUAUUGGGAAAGAACGGUUGUACUUUGAGUGGUUGAAAAAUAGUUGAGCUAACCCUAACCCUAGCUCUAACCCCUAACUAUGAUCCCUAAGCCUAAACCAUAACCUCGAACCCUAACCCCUAACCCUUGAUCCCAACCCCAACAGUAUUGUGUCCACCAAAUGGGGACACCAAACCACAUCUUACCCAAAUUCGAUCAGCGACAAUUCAGUGUCAAUAUAUUUGAGGAAAAUAGGCUUACGCCUUUGAACUCCCCAUUUGUACAUAAAAAUCUAAAAAAAUUAGCAAAAACAUGAAGAAAUUCAAACAGCAAGUGAAUGCAGACAUGGAUUCACAUAGGACGCUGGUUUUCUUUGGUUAAAAACUCAUGUAGUCCGCUUGCUGGUGCAAAAGAUGUCUGUCCGGAUGACGGAACGAGUGAGUUCCGUAUGAACGAUCGGUGAGCGCCCUUCUGCCAAUAUUUAAAUGUCUCCACAGACGGAGACGUUACAGUCCCCCGAGGCAGGUCAUUCACGGUUCAACGACAAGGUUGGAGAAAAAAUACUUUCUCACAUCCAGUCUUCCUUUGGGAACACGAGGUUAUUUGUCGUCCAAAGUUGAGAAAAGUCACACCGGAGGGCGCAGUCCAAGCCACGCACGAUACGGAAAGUUUGUAAUAAAUCACCCCACAACUGCCUAUAACUCAGAGGUUGAAGUUUAAGGCUAUUAAGGCGGGUCUCAUAAAGCAGUGUACUCGGAACUCUUACUAGUUUUUUGGCUCGCCUCUGCACCCUCUCGAGUAGAUUGCAACGCUGCUGCGUCCACGGGGGUUUGACUAAAAAUAGGAGUCGCGGAUAAAAUGGAUCACGACGAUAAACCAGCUACUUACAUUCAAUCAGUAGACAUAUCAUCCGCGACUCUUAUUUUUAGUCAAACCCGCGUCCAGGGUCUCCAGGCCUGGGUUGCGUAUUCCAGCUUCGGCCGGACAAAGACUUUGGAGAAGCAUUCUUCAUCGAAAACUGCGAAUGCCCGCCUGAUAGCGUACAGCAUUGAAGUUGCGGCUUAAGCUGCUUCAUGGCAUUGCCUAGAAGGCUUUUAAGGUGUUUGUCAUCCGAAAUCCGAAAUCUCUCUGAGUUUCUGCUUCUAGGGGUGGAAUCUCGCUGGAAUAACAUUGCGGCGUAUUAUGGAUCCGAUUUCGAUUUCCUGGACGUCAUAUGGCGCAUUUAUUGAAACUGAAGGAUAGGGACCAUCUGGGAGACCACUCUUUCAGUCGACGAAGAGUUUUUUGGAAGUUGGCCUCGUCGGCAGUAUUCUGGUUUACUUUCCAGCGUUUAACAUAAUCUGCUAACACGGGGCCCCUUGAGUGCUGUUGCUCCACGAAAACAAUUUGAGAACGGCCGACGAGAAAAUUGUCGAUCCAUUUAAGAAGUUUGUCGCCGAUGCCCAUGACUGAAAACUUGUAAAGGAGACGCUGGUGCGGAACACUGGUGUAAUGUGGUCCAACUUCCAGUCUGUGGGAAGAAUUCCAUCGUCAAACGAUGCUUUGUAAUGCCACUCUUUGUAGGGUCUACUCCUUGAAUCUCGGAAGACGCGAGCUACAUCCGCGAUUUUCUUCAAAAGAAUUAAAAGUCCAUGUCACAAACCAGAUGCAACGGCAAAUUGAGUUGUCAGACGUGGCUUUUCUGUUUGGUCUCAUAGGGGUUGUGGAAAUAAGCUGACUUCUGAAGUAAUCCUCCAAGUUUGCCUUCAUUGAAAGACGUGCACAUUUGUGGUUUUUAUACGUCCCUGCAUAAUUUGACUUUUGUUGCAACUAUCUGGACUAAAAGCAGCACCUCAUAUUCUUUACCAGCUAACACAAUAUUUAUAGGUUAGGAUGUGGGCGCGGUAUUAAAUGUGGAAUGAAUGAUCGUAAUUUGAUAGCGCAAGAGUGUACUCCGGUGGCAGCAGGCGAAUAAGGUCUUGAAUGGGAAAUUCGGCCACUGAUUGUACAUGCCUCAUACUAGUUGCAGUGUCAAAAUUUGAAUUAUCUGAUGCUUUCAUCAUACCUCUUGAGGGUCUGGGGCUGGGGGAGUCUUACCUCCGAAACUCCAACCAAAAUGGUGCCGUCGAAACUGUGGUUCCCGGCCUCAAAAGUGAAUAGAUUAUGCUACUUCGAGACUCGGCGGGAUGUUGUACUAGAGUUCACAAACAGAACAGGCGUAGAGUAGAACACGCCAGUUUGAGCAUUUGGACGAUCCCCUCCGAUACUUCUGAAAGAAACUCCAAAUACAGUAGGUGGGCUAACUAAUGAAAUGUCAACCGAAAUUCCGAAAUGCCUUUUCGUCUCAGAAAGAUCAAUUAAGUAGGGUUGUAAAACUCGUUAGUCUGCAAAAUAAUUCCAUAAUAUUUCAGUUACCUCAAGAUGCCGGCUUUCGAAUGAACUCCCUUCCGACUGCAUGCAAAAACUACGCUGUGUAAAAAAUGACUACUUAUGUAUCAUGCAUUUUCCUUAUUGAUUUUCGAUGCCCCUAACAAUUCAUUUAUUUUUCGUGGAAAACAGGCAUAAAAAUAUUCAUUCUUUUGCUCAAUCGGUGAAUAAUUACGCCAUCUUCCAAUUUUAUAUUCGAAAGAGAACAAUAAUUCGGUUUUAAAAAGUUUCUGAUUGUGGGACUUUUAAAUACCGUGAAAUGGCCGUUCAUAAAUCGUCCUACGUUUGCAUUUACCAAUGUGACUUGUAAGGUUAACAAUAUGGAUCAAAUCCACUGCUAAAUUCUAUGAACGCUAUAUGGGUCCCAUUUAUUACCGUAGAGAAAUGUGUGGUUUUCCGUACGCGAAAAAUGUAAGGCUUGUAGUUUGGAAGCCUGAAUCUAAGUGUAACGGUAGAGCGGGUUGAAAACUGAAUUAUACCCUUCCUUCGAGUAUAAAUUUGGAAGAAGACGUAAUUUACUACAGACUGAGCAAACGAAUGAAUAUUUUUAUGCAUGUUUUAGAUGAAAUAUAACGAAAUUUUUAAGGGCAUCGGAAAUCAAAGAGAAAAAUUCAUGCUAGAUAAGUAGUCCUUUUUUACAGAGUGUAGUUCGUGCAUGCAUCCUAAAGGAAGUUCAUUCGAAAGCCGGCAUCCUGAGGUAAGUGAAAUAUUAUAGAAUUAUUUUGCAGGCUAACUAGUUUUACAAACCUACUUAAUUGAUCUUUUGGAGACGAAAAAGCAUUUCGGAAUUUCCGUUGAUAUUUCACGAGUUAGCCCAUUGUCAACCAUUGUGUCCUUGACCACGGUGGCCACCACAAAGUUUUAACCAGCCAAACCUGACUGAACACUCAAGGCCAAAUGCUUUGCCCCGGUCUCUGAACGAAAACUCUGGUGAAGGCAGAACUAAACAUCUUAUCCUACUUCGGUAGUUAGGCGGAUAGUAACAGACGCCUGCGCUCUGAAGUCAGAAAAUGAAAACUUUUGCGGCAAUUUCAGCCUCCUUCCACAUCUUCCCCUUUGCAGUUUGUGUGAAACCGAGCAAUUUCCACUGCAACAGUACUGGCCAGACAGGGGUGGAAGAACCUUCUCAGACGGUGUCAGAUCUUGCAACGUCCUCCUCUCCGGCAUCUGUAACAACACACGCUGGGUCUCCCGGGUUCUGGAAAUAACUCCGCUCGACUCAAAACAUGUAAGUUCCCAGGAUUUGGUGAGUAUUUUUUGUGCGGCGAGCGCCUGUCAAGUCACCAACGGUUAAACUCCGCUGGGUGGAUGAGGCAGAUUAAAGGCUAGUUUCGGGGACAGGCCUAAAGUAAUUCCCGACCUCAGAAAAACAUGUGGACUGAACGCGCUGGAUCUCGCCUUAGCCGUUCGACCCAUAACGACGAGUCGGCGCACACCUCCCGACAUGGCUGGGAAAAGGCGAAACGAGUAGCACAAGCAGCACCAUUCUCGCGCAUAUCGUCGAUUCCGGAAUUCGUGUGGCCCCCAACGAAGCUUUUGGUGUGAUUUAUAAGGUCCCAUCGAGCUAACCGUAGGCUACUAGGCCAGCGCCUGUUAGCGACAGCAGAAACCGCCGCCAUUAGGUUACGAAAGCAAAUCUUAUGCGCCCAGAAGAACCACGUUUAGGCUCCGCGCCUACAGUAGUCGAAGGUCGAUUAACGCUGCAACUCUCCGCGCUCAACCGCUCUCACCCCGCCCCUAAAAGUGACUGAUAUUACCCCCCCCCUCCCCCACAUUUCCACACCCAGUCUGUGUUUUAAGGCGAACUUUUAUCGAUUUCUCUUAUCACUCACAUGUUUUACUUCUAACCCGUUCCCAUAUAACUGUACUGGCCCGACGAGAAUUUAUCGAAAGCUACGUAUGCCCGCCACCUCGUCUUCUAACUCCAAAACACCCUGAACCCAGGCGUAGUGGUCGUUGAUUGUUUUCUUUUGCAUGAUUAUCCGAUCGUGAAAACAGCAGAAAUGCUCGGCAGGACUGCACGUGCGAGCGAAAGCAGCAGGCCGGCUACAUCAUGCCCCCCUCUCACGCUACUUGGCUAGCUGGUCUCACGCGUGCAUUUCGCUGUCGGCUUGGCCUGCGUGGCGCUGUUUUACUUUCUCUUUUGGUCCUGACUACCUUCUAUUUUCGUCUUCAAUGACAGUGUCGGUAGAACUUAUUGAUGACCGAUCGCUCGUAACUAUGCGACCAUAUGUGUCUGCUCUGGACUGCGUGUUCUAGAACCGGACGGAAUCGUUCAUAUUUUGUCCCCGUAAGUAUACGGGAUUGGUAGGUUUCAUUCUCACGUAAUGUAGCAUACUGCUGAUAACAUGUACGAAACCUUCACAUCACAAUUCGAAUGGCCGAAUGGCAGUAUAAAUGACCAACCGAGCCGGCGUUUGAAUCACAGAUCUUACAGCGUUUCUGCUAAGCUUUACUUGGCUGACUACCCCCACAACGGACCACGCGGAAGAAACGCUGGACGAACAUGGCGGAUCGAUCAGAGCCCACCCAUUCCGUAACAAAUGCUACACAUUUGAAAUGUGACAGCACGCCUGGACGCAGGCCCACUCCACGUCGGCAACAUGAUCCCAAUUACAGCAUCACAUACUGACCAGCUCAGACAGCGGACCGAUGCAUAAGGGAGAGCAGUAUGAUACUGGCCAGGUUACCUUUAUUCUCAUGGCACUCCAGCGCAUUUCCUCACUUUAAACGAUCUGACUCCCUGAAGACUACCAUGGUGUGCAGAAAGCCGCGGCUGGGAAUUUUGCCAAAUGACGAUUCAGUUCAGACCUCCCAGUCAGCCCAGGAUUUGUUUGUGCCAACUCGAGGGCUGGGAGUCAGACAGCAAUUGGUCUUCUCAGGUGGCCUCUAUGGCCCUCUCACGCACGUGAGAUCCAACCCCCCCCCCCCAAUGUGUAGGGGGGUCGGGUCGGAUGUGGCACGCGUCGACGGGAUUUUGAGUCCCACCAAUCACUUUCGCACAAAUCCAGCACGAGAAUUUAAAGCGGUUAGGAUAGCGGACUGGUGCAUGGCAUAGGGGGUCGACUCAGCGCAUUCCCUCAAAGUAACCAGAGAGGCUUCCUUGGGAGUCCUCAACGGACGUCAAUACAAAGAAUCCCAACUCAGAAGUCAGGGAAGAUGAAUUGGGUUGGACAGCUUUAACUGCUGAGGAAACGUCCACACAGAGCUCCGCAAGCGGUCCCUCCAGUCAAGUUGUGUUACUAGUGUCCACUGCCGUGGUGAUCAGCCCCCAGCGCGCGUGUGGGCCUUUCGCUUUGUCCAAAUUAGCGUCCGCCAGCCAAUCAGAGAAAGGGCAGCGUUGAUUGGCUUCGAGCAUUCGCAAGGCCAAUAACAGGCCUCGCGCGUCCCAGCAGCGAAUCGACGUGGAGUGUGAGGAGGACAGGAGGGCAGCAUGCGGGAGGAGAGAGUGCGGCAUAUGCUGCAUAUGUCUGUCAUCAUUAUAAACUGCGUGAGUUGGCUGACGGCGUCGAGUGGAAGAGAAAAUGGUCAUACUACCACCUCCGGUAAACUUCUUACUUACGUCCAGCCCGUUCCUUCGCGGCCACAUGAGAGGGUCUGGAAUAGACCUACUAGGCAUACAGGGCAGCCGAGCCAGUCAAUUCUGUGCACAGAAAGAGAUGAAUUGAGGAAGAAUUGGAAGAACGAAGCGUAAAAUUUUGGGCAUGGAACGGAGCAACAGACACUUUAACUAAUUACUCCGAAUAAGGGUAAACUGAGAAAUCAACCCAGGUGAGGCAGAAGCGAUGAAGAUCCGUUUGAAAGAAAUAUCAGAAACAGAUGCAAGGAAGGAGAGCGAGGCGAAAUGAGCAUACGUCAUAAACCAUAGCAGAAAAUGAGUAGUGGAAUUCAAAAAAGCCAGCGACCUUUAAUGCCCGAAGGACGCGAGUCCUGUGUGGACGUAUUCGAAUUCCAUCUAGCUUGACAUUGUUAGAACCUCAUCGAGAAACUUUAUCGGCUACCUAAUUGUCCAUAAUGUUUGUUCUCUCAAUAACUUUGUACCAGGCCAGUAAAAUCAUACAGGAAGUCAGUAGCUGAGUAAGAAUUUAAGUAGGCUGGUUGCUCACAUUCCUGCUGCUUUUGCGUGGUAGGGAAAAAGGGUAUGAUAUGUGAAUGGAUAAUUCAAAUAGAUAACGAUCUCGGCCAAUUAGCUCACUCCCAAUGGCCCGCGGAGCUCUGGGGAAAUGGCUUGAAAUAUGACGAAAAUUGUCUACGGCAAGUGCUUCCGUGCUUGCAUUGCCAACUCGUCAAGUCGCCCUGCUAUCUACUUCGCCUUCGCAAUUAGGCGCUUGGAGCAACGUCUUUAAUGGCUCGCCGGCAGUUGCUGUAGACUGCUGGGAAAUCUUCCUUUGAGUCCAUUUUCAGGAAAUCAAUAUUAUUUUAGUUCACUGUAUAUAUUGUGAACAUAAGACGUUGUGCUCUGGCAUGGCAGUCACUCUUCCUUCCGAGGACGCUAUAUCAAGUUGGUAGCGAACAAAGCCUACCAUCUGCGUUCUCUUUCACUGACAGCCUGAGCAAGUAUGUUAGUUUCCACUCUUAUCAAUGUACUGACCUGAAGUGCACUUACUGGAGCCGUACGUACAUCGGUCAGCUGGCGUCCUCGAUGUUUUUAACUCUACAUAAAACGAUCAGAAGGUACAACGGACGCCGGCUAUUAAAACAGUAAGAGCACUGAGUAGAGGAAGGAGAGUGGCUCCGAAACCACUCAAUUUAGGCCCGUGUGCUGGAACGACAAUAUGCCACAAGAUUCUGUAGUAAUUGUCUUGCAUGUGGUUUACCAUUAAAAAGAGGUAACAUAAUAAGACCCUAGAAAUGAAAAUAAAUCCUCCAUGUUUGAUCUUGAUUAUCAUCAUAAAUGGGGAACGUCAUUAAGAAAUAAUGUGAACUAGACGGGGAGGACUGGAUGUUACAGUAAGGUUAGCACCACCAAAGGUGGUUUGUUACUCUGAAACUAUCAGAGAUCAGAUAACACAAACAGACUAUUUUGUGUGCUUCUUCAGCGCUGGACAGCAGAGCAAAUGCAAAUUUUGUCCUGGUCGACAAAAAGAAACCCCAGAGUGGACGUAUUCUACGAAUUGGUUCAGGCAUUCUUGGAAAAAAUGGCAGUCCACUCACUGAACAAAAAAGUUGGACCGCCGAUCAUUCACGCAAGGUAUGCAAACACCCUUUCUUGUUCACAAAAUGAUCCUUUCCGUUGGGCAGGUGUUUUGUGCUCAUUCUCCCCCCCCCCUCCAAGAACAUUAAGUUGUUCUCACACAGCUUGAUUCUCAUUACACCGUGGGUAGGGAGAUUUGUCGCAAUCCGUGGUCUGAAGGAGAGCAACAAAAGUGUAUUUACCUUGUGAGGCGACGUUUAAGUGUAUCCCGCCAGACACGAUUGGUAUAGACACUGCCCUGUCAUUUGACGUCCUGUAAGAAUAAUGAACAAGAGUUCCAAAGCAAGCCGGAACUCUGUACGUUGUCAUGUCACUUCGACAUAACGUUUAACCCUCCCGACCGUAGUGCACAGAGUGUGACCCAAGUGCUGAAAGAAGGAUACGUUUAUUUCACUGACUAACCAGACCCGCAGUGAGACAUUAGGCUUUUUUAGCCGUGGUUGGGGUAUCGCUGAGUUAAGGCGCUCAGUAAGCCAGAAAUGGAAGUUCGCAUCUCUCUUUUUUGCUCGACAAUGAUUCGCAACUGUAAUUUCUUCCCUGAUCGCGCAACUGUCUGCGAGGUAUAAGACAAAGUAGGAAGUGCGCAUUCUGAUAUGCGAUCGCGUCAGACUACGGGCAAUUAAAUAGAAGGCUCCCAGCUGGUCUUUCAUCAAAGUAUAUAGGCCCAUUUCUACGUCAGAAGUAGCGUUUUAUUCAAAGUCUUGUGAGAAUGAUGUUUAUUAAUCCGACCCGACUACUUAUGGCAGUGGCGCGUGGCCUAGGGGGUUGGGGCACGCCUCAGACUACCAGAAUUCUAACCUGAAUUAACCGAAAAACUACAUUUGAUUUUUACACACGGUAUUGCGCACGCAGGAAUGUAUCAUAUAAUUUUCCUUGCUAUGAUGCUACUGAUACUAUUGAUUUGUAAUUGCGGCAUUCUCCCCUUUCAUAGAGUAAACGAACUUAAAUGAUAUCGUUAGCUCUGUUACGUACAUUCUAUUUGGUUUCUACAAGAGUCAUACAUUUAACAUCCCCAGUAAAGUAGUAAAUUGUUGUGUUUGGACAAGUGUUGGAGUAAGCAUUUUUGAGAAUGCCCAUAAACCGUUGAUUCUUUGUGCUGUGUAAUUAUGGCUUUCAGUACUGACGCCAGAGAAGGUUUUCGGAGGUCGCUGUCUCCCCGCUAAGUUAGCAUUGACGGAACUGGCCAAAAUAAAAAGCGAUUUUAGUUAUGCUACGUCGCAACGCAGACCCCGCCGAAUUGGCAAUCUUGAUUCCAGCGACUUGCUUGUAUCCCAGGUAGAUGAUUUCCCACCGUCCAGGAAUCCAUAACGGGAAAAUGGUUAGAGGGCCUGAAGACUGAGAAUCGACCGAAUCAAGGGAGAGGCCGCAUAUCAUCGUUAGUCCUAGGUGCUCAUGAGAAAGAGCAUGCGAAGGGGCUAUGAAGCAUAAUUGGCGGAAACACGUAACUGUGCCAUAUGUUGCUGUCAGCUUUGUGCCAAUAUCGGUGAGUGGAUCGCUGCUCUCGUCGGAUUGGUUUACGCCAUUUAGGCACUCUGAUGGUUCAUCCCUAGUAGUCUUCCGUUAGCUAGUUUCAAUUGCACAAUACGCAGUGGUGGGCAUUCAAGGCGAACGUAUCAACAACCUACGUCGCUCCUUACUUUGCUACAGCUGAUAAUAAAUGACUUUACUGCAGUCUCGGAAAAAAUAGUUUGGGGCAGAUACUACUGUCAGAGGAGGGUUGAAAAUACAUUGGCCUACUGGUGAACACACACACCUGUCCAGCUUAAGGUUACAGUCUGCGACUGACGUUUUUUCGCCGUCCGCAAGCAUUCAUAGCAAAAGGUGGUCUUACAAACUUUCCGACUCUUUCGAUAAAAUAUGCAAGACAGCUGGUCUUUCAUCAGACUAUUCAGUCCCCUUUCUAGGUCGGAGAUAGCGUCUUAUUCAAAGUUGUGUGAGACUGAUGUUCAUCAGUCCGACCCGACUGUUGAUGGCGCGUGGCAAAGAGGGUUGAGACACGUCUCAAGUUCUUACCUGCAUUAACUAAAAUACGACAGUUUGAUCUUACAACAGGGCAUUAUGAAGUCAGUAAUGCAUCAUAUAAUUUUCGUUGCUAUAAUGCUACUGAUAUUAUUGAUUUGUUAUUGCGGCAUUCUCCUCUUUCAUAGACUAAACGAACCCAAGUGAUAUCGUUAGCUCCGCUGCUUAAAUCCUAUUAAGUGUCUAUAAGGGUCAUACUUUGAACAUCCCCGGUAAAAAAGUAAAUUGUUGUGUUCGGACAUGUGUUGGAGUAAGCACUUGUAAGAAUGCUCAUAAACCGUUGACUAUUUGUGUUGUGUGAUUAUGGCUUUCAGUACUUACGAUAGGUAAGGUUGUCGGAGGUCGUUGCCCUCCUCCCCCCCUACGCUAAGUUAGCAUUGACGGAACUGGCCAAAAUAAGAAGUAAUUUUAGUUAUGCAAAGUCGGAACGCAGACCCCGCCGAAUCGGCAAUCCUGGUUCCGAAGCCUUGCUUGUAACCCCGACAGAUGUUUUCACGCCGUCCUGGAAUCCAAAACGGGAAAAUGGUUAGAGGGCCUGAAGACUGAGAAUCGACCGAAUCAAGGGAGAGGCCGCAUAUCAUUGUUAGUCCUAGGUGCUCAUGAGAAAGAGCAUGCGAGGGGGCUAUGAAGCAUAAUUGGCGGAAACACGUAACUGUGCCAUAUGUUGCUUUCAGCUUUGUGCCAAUAUUGGUGAGUGGAUAACUGCUCUCGGAUUGAUUUACGCCAUUAAGGUACUCUGAUGGUUUAUCCUUAGUAGUCUUCCGUUAGCUAGCUUCAAUUACACAAUACGGAGCGGUGGGCAUUCAAGGUGAAGGUAUCAACAACCUAAGUCACUCCUUACUUUGCUACAGCCGAUAAUAAAUGACUUUACUGCAGUCUCGGAAAAAAUAGUUUGAGGCAGAUACUACUGUCAGAGGAGGGUUGAAAAUACAUUGGCCUACUGGUGAACACACACACCUGUCCAGCUUAAGGUUAAAGUCUGCGACUGACGUUUUUUCGCCGUUCGCAAGCGUUCAUAACAAAGGACGGUCUUAACGGUAGUACAAACUUUCCGACUCUUUCGAUAAAGUAAACAAGACAGUGUCUAGUGACGAUGUGGGGUAGACCUUCAGAGUACUAACGAGAUUUCCUCCGACGCGCUAUAGAUAGAAUAGAAGUCUACUGUUGACAUGUUUACCCUUAGACAAGUGCACGCUUCAUCGACCCUGCCGCCUUAGACGCGUCAACAUGCUCGAGCGUGCAGUGCAUAAGGUCGACAAAGCCAUCUGAUUGGCGUGCUGUUAUGGUGCGUCCGAACUGGGCAAAUCAAUGCGGCUCAUCUCAGACACGGUUUUCAAGCGGGAUAUAAGUUCUUGAAAUAAAUAAAUGCUUGCAUGACAUUCCUACGGAUAUUUAGGUCAUCGCAAAUUAGCGCCAUAUAUUUGCUGCUUGUUGCUGAAACAGUAGCAGAUGUUCUAACUUGUAACCCUUCCCAAAGGAGACUGCUAUUACCUGUCAUCCGACUUGACUGUCUGUUUCUUCUUUCAGCUCCACGGAUGGAAGAGCGGGAACCUUCAUUUGUGCGGUUAUACUGUUGCAGCAGUUACACAGUCAAUCAAAUUACAUUGACGUUUUUGGGACUGUGCUCUCGCUGCGGAAGUCUCGAGCAGACUUGGUUAACGACAAGGUUAAACCAAAAGUUCUUUAAAAUAAAAUGGCAGCUUUUAGGAAGACCUGAGUUCCCUUGACAUCGGAUAAGGGAACUCGAUAGCACCAUAGAGUGACGGAUGAGCCGUCAGGGUGCAGGAACUAAUGCGUUAACCACCACUUUUGGCUCCUCCAUCGCACAAAUGUAUUGCGUUAUGCUCCAAAAGACCAAAUUCGUAACAAGUAGUCGGCGUUACGAAGAUGAUCUCUGUGGUUUAUUUCUAGUCUAAGAAAUAUCUUCAUGAUGCAGUUGACAUAGACAAACCCCAUAAGUAGAAAGUACAUGCGCACGCACGGAGGAUGCAUUUACCAUUUCUGUAGACAUGUAUCAUUCGGAGAAAAGCCAAAAGGUUCUCUGGGCGGAAAAACCGCGAAAAAUGUUACCAACUCUUCAUGUAGCAACGAUAACUACAAUAACACCUUAAGUCUCCAGAAACUCAUUUUUCACUGAGUAGACCUAGAGUCCUAGUAGGUAUGUACACUUAUAUUCCCUCGGGACACCGCUUAAGCCUUUAUUUUUAUGUUUUCAGAGCCAAUUGGAGUUUCUUUAUCGGUUUAUGAGCUACUGUGUCGCCAUGACGGCAAUUGUGGACUGCCCAAUGCCCACACUCCCAGAAGGUAGAGCACUAUUUACAGACGAUAUAUACAUUCCCGAGUAAAUUCGCAAGUAGACUGUUCCAACUAGUUGCCAUGAUAAUUUGACCAUACACUUUCGGAUUGGCUUGUUAUGCUUUUUCCUGUCCCUAGUCUGUCUUUAACAAGAUCCUGUUAAUUGGUCUAAGAUAUCCUAGAAAUGAGAUGACAGUUUUUUGACUCUGUUUAGCUCGAAAUUGUUCCCGUUCUGUUGUCUUUCAGUUGUUAUAUUUUAUUUUGCUAGUGUUCACGUUUUGCGGCAAUUUUGUUUUCGAGAAUAGUGCAACGAGAGAAUGGGCACGCGUAGAAGAAACAAAUGCAUCAAAAACAGUAUUGUUACCUCUGAUGAAAGGCAAUUAUCCAUCAGGAUUUCAAAUAUAAUUCCCCGGACUACCUGUUGGCUAUAAUAUGUGGAAUCAACUUCAAAAAUGGAUUUUUCCCAAAUAAUCAUUUGUUCUUCUUUUCUCAGCCGGAGAAACGAGCAGGUUGACACACUGGUUUUGA